GAACGUUGACCGAAAUUGUCGAGGAAAACUGAACGAGCUCUCUCGCCUUUUUGUUUUCUCCCCCUUCUGUUUUUGUUUUGUUUUGAUCGUUAGAUCGCGCGCGCCUCAAAAAGUGUGCUGUGAAAACUUGAGGAGAAGAGAGACUCCAAGAACCAAAUACUCUGCCACGCACAAGAUCGUACGGAUCAUUCCAGCGCUGCGCUGCUAAUUUGCGAACAGCUGAUAAGAGAUAUUUAUCGCCACUCUAUUGAAACUUCCAAUUUCACUCCCACUUCGCGCUACCCCCGCUCUUCACACCCCCAGCUCUUCGCUAUCAGCGGCAGCAGCGACGCGGCGCAGCAUUUGUGGCCUUGUAAUCCGCGGCAGCGUCAAGAUGCCCCAGCAGAAGCAACCGCUGCAGAAACAUUCCGAUUCCAAUUCCAUUUCCAAUAUGACAUCCACUUCGAGGUCCACUUCCAAGUCCAGCCCAAGUCCCCCCAAUUCCAUUUUGAAUUCCAAGCGGGAACGGGAGCGCACACAGACCAUCGGCGAAACGGACAUGGAUCAGUCGGUGCUCAAUGGACUGGCGGCGAGCAUCGAUGGCUCUGCCGGCUACCACGGGCACAAACGUGAGCUGGGUCACAGAGUGUUUGUAAACAGAUCCCUGCAUUUGGAAAACAUCAAGUACUAUGGCUUUGACAUGGACUAUACCUUGGCAGAAUACAAAUCCCCACAGUAUGAACAACUUGGCUUUAAUCUCGUCAAAGAGCGUCUGGUCCAAAUGGGCUAUCCUAAGGAGAUCCUACAGUUCGAGUAUGAUCCCACGUUCCCCGUCCGUGGCCUCUGGUUCGACACGCUCUACGGCAAUCUGCUUAAAGUCGAUGCAUACGGCAAUAUUCUGGUCUGUGUGCAUGGCUUUGAGUUUAUCAAGCAUCACCAGGUGUACGAGCUGUAUCCCAACAAGUUCUUGAAGCUGGACGAGUCGCGCGUGUAUGUCCUAAAUACGCUCUUCAAUCUGCCGGAAACCUAUCUCCUGGCCUGUCUCACCGACUUUUUCACCAACAGCAGCGAGUUUGUUCGCGUUGAGCGCGGCAUCAAAGCUGGCGAUUUCCUUUUCACGUACAAGUCGAUUUUCCAGGACGUGCGUCGUGCCGUCGACUGGGUGCAUUCCGAUGGCGACCUCAAGCGUCGCACCACGCAGAACAUGGCUCACUAUGUGAAGAAGGACGAACGUCUACCCACAGUCUUGUCCCGCAUCCGGGAGUCGGGUGCCAAGCUAUUCAUGCUGACUAACAGCGAUUAUACGUACACCAAUGAGAUCAUGACCUACCUGUUUGACUUCCCGCACGGCGCCACGCCCGAGGAACCGCAUCGCGACUGGAAGAGCUACUUCGAUGUGAUUGUGGUGGAUGCCCGAAAGCCGCUGUUCUUCGACGAGGGUACCGUUUUGCGGCAGGUGGACACAAAGACGGGCGGGCUGAAGAUCGGCACUCACAUUGGUCCGCUGCAGCCGGGACAGGUGUAUUCGGGCGGCUCCUGUGAGCUCUUCACCAAGUUCAUCAAUGCCAAGGGCAAGGAUGUGCUAUACGUGGGCGAUCACAUUUUUGGGGAUAUCCUCAAGUCGAAGAAGAUCCGGGGCUGGCGCACAUUCCUCAUAGUACCCGAGCUGGUGCGGGAGCUGCAUGUGUGGACGGAUGAGUGCCAGCUGUUUGCGGAGCUGCAGAACCUGGACAUCAAACUGGGCGAUCUGUAUCGGGAUCUCGACUCGAGUGCCAAGGUCAAACCAGAUAUAUCGCAGCUGCGCACCUGCAUUCGGGAUGUGACACACAAAAUGGACAUGUCCUACGGCAUGAUGGGCUCACUCUUCCGCUCCGGCUCGCGCCAGACCUUCUUCUCCAGCCAGGUGGUACGAUAUGCCGACGUCUACGCGGCCACUCUGCUCAAUCUCAUCUACUACCCCUUCUCGUACAUGUUCCGAGCACCGGCCAUGCUCCUGCCCCACGAGUCGACCGUGGCCCAUGAUCAGGCCCACCAGCCGCCCCCAGCUUUGGCUCCCGCUCCUGCUCCAGUUACUGGUUCCUCCUCGGUGGCAGCAUCACCCGAUGAGCCAGCGCGCUCGGUAGCCGGUACAGAGCAAGUGAAAGAGUCCAAGGAUGCCAAGGAUCUGCAUCGUGCGAGCUCCAUUGUACACACUCGACCCUCCACGCCCACUGUGGUCACUCACACCCAUGACGAGGACUACUCCGAGGAGGAGGAGACGCCCAGCGGUGCCGAGUCCUCCACUGAGCAGCCGCUGCGCGAUGCUUCCGAGGACUAGAAGAAGGGCUAGGAAUAAAGUCACCGCCACAGGAAUGUUAGGAUCAACGAAUUUUCUUCUCAAUAAAAUACCCCUCCCGCCCCCAAACCCUAUACUCUGUAACCUUGACCUUGAACGCUCCCGAAAACUGAAUACGCGGUCUAAGGAAUUGUAAAACGUACGAUUUUCCCUGGCGAUUUUACCGAAGCACAGAUAUGUGAAACUAUAUAUAUAUAUAUAUACCAUAUAUGAUAUAUACAUUAUACAUUAUACAUUUAGCUGGUUCCAUACAUAUAAUGUGUGUGUGUUUUUUUUUAAUUAAAACCAUAAAUUGCUGUAAUUGAAAGAGAAAAAGUGAGUGGCUUACUUAAAAAGAGCGCGUUAAAUGGGAUUAAAAACUCUCUUCUCUUCAA